CCCAAACCUUCCCAAACCUUCCCAAACCUUCCCAAACCUUCCCAAACCUUCCCUUUUUUUUUUUCCCCAAUAUUUAUUUAGGUCUCUCUGCUUAUUUUUAGACAGUAUUCUGUGCUGAAGAGUGGCAUGGAAAUAUAGAAUAUGAUUUUGUUUUAUCCCCACAGAGCUUUUUUCUGUGGAAAGUAGGAAGUAGGGAAAAAACUGUCAUUGACAUGUUUUUUUCUGGCCUUAAUAAAAAGGCUUUUCCUUCUGUCUGGGGGGAACCAGGUGCACUUGUACAGGUACAGCAGUUAGUCUGGAACAACCUGGUUGUACCAAGCAGGUUGUUCCAGACCUAGAACACAGGUGACCUUGCAGUUAAUAGUGAGAUGAGAUUUCUAGGCUCAGACCUUGCACCAGUCUGAGGGGUCUGAGUGGGCAGUAUCACAGUGCUUCAGCUUCUUUUGGGUUCCAUUUAUUUACAUCUUCCCCCAUUCUCACAUUUUGAUUUACUUAUCAGUGCAUGGGUCAUGCAAUUAAUGAGAUGAAACUUGGUAUAACAUGAAAGUGGAGAGAUGUGACUGUAAAUGUUUUGGAGGCUCUUCUUCUUUUAUGACCUUUUAAAGUAUUUCUGUUAGAAACAACAUCCUUUUUUUUUCAGCAGUUAGCUUGCAGUCCUCUUGGAAUUUUUCAUGGCUUUUGGUUAUCAUGAUUACCUCUUUGCCUGUGUUACUUUUUCAAGAUCCAAAAAUAGUUUCUAAGAUAAAGGAUAAAAAAUAGUCAGAAUGAAGAAGUCAUGAAUGACAAACACAAACUGGUUUUUGGAGAAAAGUUAAAAAACACUAGAAUGUAGUCAUAGUUCAAGGUUCUUAAACUUUUUCCACUUGUUUCUGGUUCUUCUGGUUAAACUCAAUACAGUGCAUGUAAGGUUUAGAAGAAGAUGGCUUAAAAUUCCUGGGUUAGGAGGGAAUUUCAGCCAUAUAGAGGUGGCUAGCAGAAAUAAGGGAAUGAAUCUGAUGUUAUGCUUGUAUCAAAUUUAGAGUGUGUGGAAGAAUCUAAGAUGGGCAUUGAAAAUGGAUUGCUAUUUAAAAAAUAAUCUCUGGUUUUUAAAUGACUGUAAUUUUUGUUAAACAGUAACUUUCUUGGUAAUAUGUACAUCAAAUUGAAACAUGUAAGGAAAAUAUAUCUUUAAAAAUCUGUAAUAUUGUCAAUAUAUCCAAAUGGCUGGGUCAGAUAUAGGGAGAGGACAUGGUUCAUUUGCCUUCAAUGUGAAGGCAUUUGGUAAAGGUGCAGCUCUACCUGAUGUCAUCUGUAGGUCUCCACCACCAUUUCCAGUAAGUACAGCCAGUAUCUUGGAGCACAGUCUGUGUUCAGGUAAACUGUGUUCACACUCAUGUUUAGAGAACAUAAUGAAAUAUAUGAACACCUCUAAGAACUUUGGAUUUUAUAAUAAUGUAAGUCACCAUUUUAUGGACAAUAAGCCAGUUCCUCUGAAAGUAAGAGAAGAUGAAGAUUUGGCCUUAAAACAAGAUCUUAGAGAAACUAUGAAAAAAAUGCCAUACUUCUUGACAGUAGGAGAUGAACAUCAAAGCUUCCUGGUCAGCAAACUGAGCUACUGGGAAAGAAGCAAAGUGCAGCAGAAAGAUCGGUGUGUCUGUUUACCAUACUGUGAGGACAUGAAUGGGCAGUUGAAGGGAAAGCAGGUAGACAGUCACUUUAUAGAUUCAAAUAAUGCUUCAAAUGUUCUCAUCACCCCUGCAAGGACAAAAAACUCUGAGCCUAAAAGUAAUCUGGAUGUCAUUAGAAAAACUGAAAGGCUAGAAAAGAAUGAGGAAAAAGAAAAACCUGAAGAUGAGAAAGAAAAAGACGAAGAAGGUGAAGAUGAUGAAGGAGCAGAAGAACCAGAUAAAUAUGAUGAAGAAGAGCAUGAAGAGGAAAAUGACUAUAUUUCUUCCUAUUUUGAAGAUGGAAAUGGCUUUGGUGUUAUCAGUGAUGACAAUAUGGUUAAAGCAACAUAGUGGCUGUUGUUUUGAAGUGUUAAAUGUCUCAAGCCUUAUACUACAUGAAGCAGAAUUCUGGAGAUAGGCAGAGUAUAAAUAGACUUAAUGCUUUAGCUCUGUUGGUUUUAAGCAGACUCUCCAAAAACACACUGGAAUUUAAUUUUACUAUUCUGUAAAAGAGGCUAGGGAAUCCUUUGUUUUGUUCUUUUGCUAAGUGCUUUGCAGACAUGCCUUUUUAAGGUCCUCUGGAAUGCCUACAAAUAGAGUAAGCUUUAUGCCAUUGUAUUUCCUCUGUACAGGAAAAAAUGUAUGCAUUUUACUUGAAAUUGUGUCUAAGCAUUUGCAUUAGUCAAUUCUAAGCCUCAAAGUAAAAUGUUGAAACAAAUAAUGAAAUUCUUGAUGACCACUGUAAAAAAAGACACAAAGCCUUUAUGGACAUAAGCUGCUUUUGGGUAGCCUUCUCCUUUGAAGAACUUAAUGUAACUUCUGAGUUCAGGUAACUGAAAAUAACUGAAAACUAUGCAUUUCAAUAUAAACUGACUUGGAAGGACCAAUGCAUGUUGUCUUAAUUAGAAAAAUAAGAGAAUACCAAGAAAAAGCCAAAGCUGAAUGUUUGGAAACAUCCUUUUUAUUUGAGAACCAAUAGCUGUAGUGUUGAAAACUUAUUACUGAGAUAGAUGCUUGAAGAAUGCUGUGACAGCACAUCCUCUGUAUCUUACUGUCUUUUGAUAGUAAAAAAUAUUUUUUGUUGUCACUGCAUUACUGUUGAUCAGGGGUUUUGGGCUUUUUAUGUUGCUUGGUUUUGAAAUGUUAUUUUCUUUUAAAAAAGUGUUUCACCUUACUGAUGACUGGGAAACAAUUCUGAAUUCUGUGAACUUCUGAUAUGCAAAACAGAAGAGAAGAUGUGAAUGAGGAAAGUGUGAAGAAAAUUAAAUUUGCCUGCCAUGACUAUAACUGCUUCUGCUAGCUGUUCUCCCUGUGCAAGAUGAAUGGUAAGACACCAAACCCCCUACAGAAGAAAUGCAAAUAGAUGGAACCAUAAAAUUGGAGCUAGAAAAUAGUUAUUGCAUGAGUAACAAUUUGUUGACAAGUUGUGGCUUGCCUGAACAAGUACAGUUUCUUAUUCUGUAGGAGACAGUAAUUCCUGAGGAUCAAUUACUUUCUCCAUUCAUCAUUCUUCUUAGGGGCAACUGCCUUCCUACUGCACUGUUGAGAAAUAUUACUCUGGUAAAAAUCAGGUCUUUUUGAGUCUUUUAAGAAGUAAACUUUAGUAACCUCUAUCCUCCAGAGCGAAUUGCAAAGUCUUAGGCUGGACCCUCCAGGAUUAGUUUAGCUAUGGUAAAUAAGGCUAUUGAUUAGGAAUAAGUUCUGCAAGGACACAGAUCAGUGCCAAGGCACUUCUGAAAAGCAGUUAGAUUGUGCUCUUCCAGAUGUCUAAUACUCGCACCUCUGUUUAGAAGCUGAUUUUCUGAUUGCUUAGAAUUUAUUGCAAGACCAUAAUGCCAAUAAAACUUAUGACUGUUCUUUAGUUUUCAGCAAACUUCAAAUGUGGACAUGCAUAUAUUCAAACCCUAAUUUAUAGCACAGAAGAAUACAGGUUUCAGUGUCAUCUCACCAUCUAAGAACUUCACUGAUCCCUCCCUUAGUUGUUUGUAUCUAUUUCUAAGAACGAAAAUGCUCUCCAAAAUUUAUGCAGAAAAGUUAAAAGUUUACAAGGCAUGAACAGAAUAAACCAUAAAGACUGCAAUUAUGGUAUGCUAUAUAUAAAUACAGCCAACAAGGUAAUUGCUGGCUAAGGAUUUUUAUAAUAGAUCAUACAUAAAAAUUGGCCUAAACAAAUAGAAGUAGUAGCCUACUGUAAUAAAACAUGCAAAGUACAUAGAAUUGAAAAUAUAUUAGAUGCACCAUUUUCACUGCAGUCUAAAAUAAAAUCUUUAUUUUACAUAUAUUACUUAUGUUUUUCUAAAAGCAGAGAAACAGAAGUAUUUAAAAUGAGACUUGCAUCCUCACUCAGAAGUAUUUCACAAAGUUGUAUUUUCAGCCCUUAUACAAAUUACAAAGACUAUUUGUGAGAACUUGUUCUGAAGUAUACCAGACUGAAAACAUUUAGAUUUUAUAUGAUCCAAUAUGCACUUAAGUUUAAAACUGAACAUGUUGCAAUUAUUCCAAAAGGUGAUUUACAACUCAAUUAUUCCAUGUAUGUGGGGGGUUUGGCUCUUUUUUGUUUGCUUUUGGGGUUUCUUUUGUUUAUUUGUCUUUGGUUUUGUUUGUUUGUUUAAGAAGUUUCUAGAAGACUACCUUAACAGAUUUUUUAAUCUUGAAUUAGAUUUAAAUUCUUCACAGAGCAGUUAUCCUGUUUAUUCCAGGCUGUGAUUAUGAAUUACCGGCUGUGUUAUACUUUGGAAAAAAGUUGUAAAGAUCCCCACAUUCUGCAGCAAGGCAAGCCAGCUGAUGGUUGUAGAUUACCAGGAUUAGGAGUCCUAUAGCCUUGAAAAGAGUUCUGGUGUAUCUUUUGAUAAAGUUAAUUCUAAUUAAAAAUGUACUGUAUGAAAUAUGCUACAUAGUACAUACGUAAAAACAUGCCAGGCUCUUGGUUAGAAUAGAUUAUGGUCCCAUAAAAUACCUAUUCCUUUGCAUUUUUCUGAAGACUGCUUAUUCUAAGGUAAAUGAAGGCACAGACCCUUAACUCAGUGCCAGGGAGCCACAGGUCUUUGACACUGUAAAAGCCCAAAGUCUGGGACACACUAGAGGACUCUUUAGCUGUACCACCACAGACCUCCAUCCAUACAUCAAUAGGUCAGAGACCUUUCUGACCUAGUCAAACCACAAUCACAGUUAUCUUCAUUUCUGGACCAAGAGCAAUUUAGUAACCAUCAGUCCAGAUAUAUGCUAUAUAUUAGGCUUAUUCUGCAUCAUCACAAUAGCUAAUUUAAUGUUGUUUGAUGAAUCCAUAAGAAAUGGAAGGAUAAAGUAUUAGAACUGGCAAGUUUCAGCAACAGGAUGGGAGAAGAAGCAAAACAAUAAAAUUAUGCAGCAAAAUAAUUAUGCAUUAUAUACCAAGUUUCAUCCUAUAUAGAAAAAAAUUUUUUAUGUGCCAAAGCUUUCUUGUCUGAGUCACCUUUUAAAAUUUUAACCAUGAGAGCUGUAUUGCUUCAGCCACCACUAAUUAUUUUGUGAAGCAUUUUUGCAAAUAGCAUUAGAACUGCUACCUCAGUGUUUAUGUUUGUCUUACUGGCAUAUUCUCUUAAAGAAAAGAACUGCUAUUUGAAAAGAUCUUUGAAAACAAGUGUUAUGCAAACCAUCAAGGUCAUGCUGCUUGUAAUCCCUUUUCUAGUGUGGAGACUAUGAGUAGGCUCACUAUCUCCACAGAUGCUCCUUUAAUCAAAAGGUUCAACAGUCACAGAUAGUUCAGGUACCUAACUUUACACCAUGUUCCUUCAAGCUUUGGCCUGCCUCAAUUUCAAUAUAAUACAAGUUAGGCAAUUCUUGUUCAUACACUUGGCAUGCCAGUGAAGACUAUCUGCCCCACUUCUUGGAGAAACAGGUGCUCUGAGAAUAAAUGGGGCCUAAGUCUUCACUCUCAGAAUCUCACAAAGCAUUUUGGAAUACCUCGUUAGAACACAUUCAAUUUACCUUUCUGUACUGUAUGUCAUAUUUUAAGACACUCAUUGAAAAGGUUACAAUAGUAGUUUGAAGGAUGCUGUUUUUCAACUUCUCUCUUUGUAAGUCCUAAUCAAGUUUGUUAUCUUGGGUUUUGGCAAUAAAUACUAUUUUGAACAGG